AUGGGGUUACUCCAGACCGUGAAAAAGUUGUUAAUCCGGGGAGUUGAUCCUGAUGCCAAAUCCCUAGGAGAGAACUAUGGCAAUGCACUUCAAGCCGCAUCGUAUGGAGGCUAUGAAGAGAUCGUGCAGAUGCUGCUGGAUCGAGGUGCCGAUGUCAACGCCCAAAGAGGGAAAUUCGGCAGUGCACUUCAAGCCGCGACGUGUGGAGGCCAUGAAAAGAUCGCACAGAUGCUGCUGGAUAAACAUACCGUAUGA